CCAAUAUAAAAUCAGCUGUUGAAAACAAUUUGAAAUGGAAACAUUUGGGAUGCUUGGCACAUACGCUAAAUUUGAUAGUCAAAGACGGAUUUAAAUGUAGCGAUGAAAUUAAUUUAGUCAUCACCAAAACCAAAACAAUUGUCGGCUUUUUCAAACGAAGUUCAACUGCCAAUUUAAAACUAAUCGAGUAUCAACGAAACCAGGGUACGUCUCAGCCACUUAAGCUUCUGCAAGAUACUCCAACACGUUGGAAUAGCACGUUUUACAUGUUAGAACGCUUUCUGCAACUUGAAGAGGCUAUAAAAACAACAAUUGCUUUAUGUAAUGCUGAUCUACCUUUAUUAAGCUUUACUGAGUGGAGUAUACUAAAACAGCUUUGCCAAAUACUUAAACCAUUUGAAAUGGUAACAAAAGAUUUUAGUGGCGAUUCUUAUGAAACUGCAUCAAUUGUGUUAACUCUUGUCAAUGGACUAAAAAAA